AUGUCUGAUGUUGAUGAUUUAGGUUUGGGAUUAAGUGAUGAUGAUAGAGAAUUAGAUGAAGUCAGUCAAGGAGAAAACGACGUGGGUGUAGAAGAACCUGAAAGUGAAGAAGAAGAAGUAGAAGAGAAAAAUCUUUCCAUUUCAAUCCCUCGUCAUAGUGUUAAUGAAAAAGCUGAAGAUGAAACUUAUAGUUUGAAAUUACCAGUAUUUUUAAACGUCGAUGCCCAUCCUUUUGAUGCAACUGAAUUUAAAGAAACCAUUGAAUAUAAUGCCGAACAAAGAAAACAAAUUAAAGAUAAAUCGGCUGCCAAAAAUGAUUUAAUCAAAGAGAAAUUAUCCAAUCAGAACACCAUUAGAUGGAGAUAUGUUAAUGAAAAUGAUGAAAUUAUCAAGCAAUCCAAUGCUCAUUUUAUUGAAUGGGAUAAUGGAUUGGUUUCUUUGAAGAUUGGUGAUGAAAUAUUCGAUUUAAAGAAGAAUACCAACUUUGAUAAUUUAUUAGUCAAAUCUUAUGAUGAAUUCGAAAUCUUACAAAGUGAUUCUAUCGUUAGUCAUACUGUUAAUUUAUUACCAACAUCCAUCAAAACUGCCACCCAUAGACAAUUAACUAGUGCUGUUAAAUCCGUUCAAAUGAAAGAUAAGAUCUUGAACACCAUAACCACAUCCGAUCCUUUGGAAAUCCAAAGAGUAGCUGAUGAAAAUGAAAGAAGGGCCAUGAAAUUAAAGAGACAAUUGGAUUUGAAAAGAAGAUUACAAGAAGAAAGAUUGGGCUCAGGAGCUGGUAUUGAUGAUGAAGCUGAUGAACCUACAUAUGAAAGAUUUGAGAAGACUUAUGAUGAAUAUGAUGAUGAAGAUGGAUUCAUCGAUGACGAAGAUGAUGAUGAUUUAUUGGAAGGGGCAGAAAGAUUAAGAAAUGUUAAAAGAGAGGGUGCUUCUAAAUAUGAUGAAGAUGAAGAGGAGGAAGAAGAAGAAAUUGAAGAACCAGUUGAAGACGUUGAAGAGAACGAUGAAGAAAGUAGGAGGAAGAAAAGAAGAAUCAUCGAUUCUGAUGAUGAAUAA